GCGAAGUUCUGCGAUUUUUGGUGGACUCCUACGACUUCUCUUUCCCCAGCACACCCAACGACCAGUCGACCACCCAACACCGCCGAGAUGAAGUUGAACAUCUCCUACCCUGCCAAUGGCAGCCAGAAGCUCGUCGAGAUCGAGGAUGAGAGAAAGCUCCGUGACUUCAUGGAGAAGCGCAUGGGUCAAGAAGUUCCCGGCGACAACCUCGGCGAUGAGUUCAAGGGCUACAUCUUCCGCAUCACCGGCGGCAACGACAAGCAGGGUUUCCCCAUGAAGCAGGGUGUCAUGCACCCUACCCGUGUCAGACUCCUGCUCUCUGAGGGUCACUCCUGCUACCGCCCCCGCCGCACCGGCGAGCGCAAGAGGAAGUCCGUCCGUGGCUGCAUCGUCGCCAUGGACCUUUCCGUCCUUGCCCUCUCCGUCGUCAAGCAGGGCGAGAACGAGAUCCCCGGCCUGACCGACGUCGUCCACCCCAAGCGCCUCGGCCCCAAGCGUGCCACCAAGAUCCGCCGCUUCUUCGGUCUCAGCAAGGAUGACGAUGUCCGCAAGUACGUCAUCAGACGUGAGGUCCAGCCCAAGGGCGAGGGCAAGGCUGCCUACACCAAGGCUCCCAAGAUCCAGAGACUCGUCACUCCUCAGCGCCUCCAGCACAAGCGCCACCGGAUCGCCCUCAAGCGCCGCCAGGCCGAGAAGGUCAAGGAUGAGGCUAACGAGUACGCCCAGAUCCUGGCCAAGCGUGUCUCUGAGGCCAAGGCCCAGAAGGCCGAGUCUCGCAAGAGACGUGCCAGCUCUAUGCGCAAGUAAAUUAUUACAGGCGUUGUUGGGUCGGUGUCUUCAUCAUCUGGUUCUUGCAUUUGGGAGUAAAAAUUCAUGACUGGGUUCUCGGAGAUACGAAAAGAAGGUCAAGCGCGGGAGGCAGCAUGACGGGCAUAAGCGCGCCUACACUGUGCAGGCCACAUCAUCACCUCCCUGCUGCAAGGAAGAGCUUCUUUUUGUUCAAACAACUCGGGGGAGGGUACAGGAAAAGAAGAGUUCAGAUACGAAAGAGAUACCAUGAACUUCUUUUGUACCACAUCAAAACACAUCUGGGCCCCCCUUCCUCAUCUACCAAGGCUGGGGGGCCUCCCCUCCAAAAAGACAAAAAACUUAUGAAAGAAAGCACACUGGCCCGAUGAUCGCAUACUUUGUCUCGUACUGCUUGCUCGUGUUUACUGGACACCACUUAUGUGAAUG